AUGGACUUUGGUGAAAAUAUUCCAAGUGUUCCUUCCGACGCCAAACCCGGCUCGCCCUCUCCUCCCAUCAUCCCAUCCCUCCAAUUUCAGCUUCGACACCAUCACCAUCAACCGCACCAAUCGACAGUCGGCGGAGGAGAGGCCGUCGCCUCGCCUCUCUCUCUUGACCGUCCGCAGCCCAUCCUGUCCUUGGCUGGCGAAUUCUGCCGAGCUCGACGCGGCCCUCGUUCGCCUCCAUCAGGCCAGACCACGGCGGCCGUCACCGCCACGACGAGUGGCCCGCCCUCGAUUCGUCCUCGCCCUCGGCCGCAAUCGCCCGUCCGCCGCUUGCACCGCCGGCCCUGCCCCGUCGUCGGGACUGCCCGGUCUGCACGUCAGGAGCGGGAGCAAAACACGCUGCGCAUGCCUCGCGCGUCCGGCUCGGGCAAGCGACAGCACGGCGCCGCCACCUCGCGCGACUCGAGGCACGAUAAUGGCCUUGUAGGCCCCGGGAGGCGUAUCGCGGCCAAGAGGAGCCACGGAAACGCCGACGGCGCCGCCAAGCUGCCCGACGUCGGCGGCAACUGCGCGGCGUCGUCGGCGUCCCCCCCCGCGGCCGAAGGUCUCCACGACGGGCCUGCCCGCGACCAUGUGCCGACGCUCGACGGCGGCCGGCCCGGUCACGCCCUCCGCCGGGGCUCCCUCGGCACCUUCUCCGAGACGUCUUCGGAGUCGUCGGCCUCCAACCUGGCCGUCAAUGGCGCCCUCGACGCCGGCUCGAGCUCCGGCCACCGCCAGAUCGACGUCAACGCCACCAAGAACACCGACGUCCACCGCGACUCGGGCCCCCUCGAGCUCGCCUCCACCGUCGUCCGCUCCCUGCCGAUCCAGGACACGCUCGCCAUCCUCAUCAUCCUCAUGCACAUCCCCUACGUCUCCCUCACCAUAGUCUACGCCCUCUUCGCCACGCUCACCUUCGUGCCGCCCGUCAUGAGCAAGGUCGGCUGGAACGUCAAUCUCGGCGACCUCAUGGACGGCCUCGUCCAGAUGCCCUCGCUCGCCACCACGACGGCCCUCGACUUCUUCUUCUUCCUCAUCUGGGUCUUCCUCUGGCCGCCGAUACAGGACUUCGUCCUCGAGUUCGCCAAGCCCGUCGUCGCCGUCACCCUCGGCGGCGGCGCCGACGCCAAGGACGGCUCCUCGACGGGCGUCACCGCCUGCUUCGUCUGGAUGCUCCUGCACAGGCUGAUGCGCUCCUCCAAGGCCUACUGGCCCUGGCUCGCCCGUCACUUUCCCGAGGGCUGGCGCCUGCCCGCCGUCCUCGGCCACCCGACGCAGCCGACGACGACGCUGUUCGACAGGAGGGACGGCCACGGCUGGCUGCAGAGCAUGCUCGCCAUCCACAUCCUGACCCAGGGCAUCGUCCGCCACGUCCGCGAAUGGUACAUUCGGCGCGAGAGGUUCAACGCCGCCGGCGAUCCCGAGUCGGCCAAGUCCUCGUCCUCCCCCGCCGGCGCCGGCAACCUGGCGGCCGCGAAUUCGCCGUCGAGCGGCGCCGGCGCCGGCAACGACGCGUCCCACGACGGCACCUUCAACGUCGCCGACGCCGACGCCGGCCCCUCGGCCGUGCAGCAUUCGGCCGCCACGUCCAAGCGGAGGCGGAAGCAGAGCGCCCAGGUUCGCAUGCACCAACCUCUGUGGGCCGCCUUGGCGAGCACCAAGAUCGUCGCCGUGAAGGAGUACGAGCUCAAGGGCCUCCGCGGACCGUCCAACAAGCACGACAUCCACACGCUCGAGUGCGCCCCCUCGUUCGAUCGCCAGCCGAGGCAGAUCUGGAUCUCCUACAUCGGCAGCGACGAGGUCUGCUUCAACACCAGCCACUUCCCCGCCGCCGCCGCCGCCGCCACCGCCGCCGCCGACCGAGACUCGAUGCCGCCUUCGGGGGCCGACGGAUGCGCCUCGCCUCCGGCCGGCGUCGACACGUCGAAGCCCUUCUACGUCCGCAUCAACAACGCCUUCUGGCAGCCGACGCGCAUCGUCCCGGCCGACGGUUCGGCCGACGACGGCGCCCCGUCGACGCGGUGGGCCGGCGACAUCUACGGCCUCCGACCCGCCUCCAAGUACGUGUGCGACUUUGUCGACACAGUCACCGAUCAGGUGCUCUUCACGACGAGCAUCCGCACUGUCAAGGAGCCUCUACGCCAGGACGACGCGGCGUCGCCGCGGCUCCCGAGCGCGCCUUCCCCCCUGCGGCCGGAUUCGCCGGCGACGACGCUCCGGACCUCGAUCGCCGCGGCCGAGUCGAAGCUCGCCGAUGAGAAGAACCGGCUCAAGACGUGGCGCAAAGAGUGGAAGCUGCGCAUCAACACGCUGAGGAAGGAAAACGAGCUGGCCGACAACCAGCUCUCGUCGGCCGGUGGCAGCGACGACAAGUUCAAGCAGAAGAUUCGCCAGCAGGAGACGCAGAAGGCGCAGGCCGAGCGCGACACGGCCCGCCUCGUCGACCAGCUCAGGAGCGUCGACCACCCUCUCGAGCUGGCCGAGCGGAAGAAGAAGGCCGAGCGGGCCUACUCGGCCGAGAAGAAGGUCUUCGACGCGGCCCAGAAGGAGCUCAAGGGGCACAAGGCGCAGCUCGACGACGAGAUCAAGGCGAAGGAGGUGGAGAAGUCGAACCUCAACAGCCGACGGAACAAGAUCGCCACGCGCAUCGCCAAGAUCGAGAACGAGCUCGCCAACAUCGCCGACGCCAACAGCCGUGGCCUCGACGAGGCGGAGCGACGAAGGCAGGACCGAGUUCGCUUCUCGGAACAGGUUGCCACCAUCGAGAACAACUACGCGGACCGGCUCGGCCAUGUCGUGGCCGCCAACAACGGUCGGCGAGACCAUCUCCGCGGCCUCCAGGCGCAGGUGCAGUCCUUCUCGGGAUACCUGCCACCCCCCAACGGCAUGCCGGCCGAUGUCCACCGCGCCAUGGCGCCCGAGCCGAUGCGCCCGUCCUUUGCCCAGCCGGGCCCGUGGAUCCCCCACCCCGUCGCGCCCCCGCACUAUCCCCCCGGUCUCUGGCCCGCCUCGUCCGGCGGCGACAUGCUGCCCCCGAUGGCGGCCCCGUCCGGACCCCCGAGCAUGGUGUCGUGGCAGUCACCGACCGCUCCUCUACCGCCGCAGGCUCGAGGGGCCAAGUCGAGAGGCCGCAGCUCGAGCAUGCUCAGCGACGUCAGCGGCUUCACCGAGGCGAGCGAUGACGCCUCCGCAUCCCCCGCCGCCGUGGUGCCACGCCAUCCGGAGCCGGCCGUCGGCGGGAGCGGCGGCGAUGCCAGCGGGAGCAGGGAAGGCAACGGCGGCGGCGGCGGCGGCGGCCUGGACGACCCGGCAAGCCCGACUUGA